GACAAUCAGGUUGAACGAAUGAAGUGUUUAUUUAGAUCACAGGUUUAUUCUUGUUUUUUCGUUUCAUUUUUUUUACCUUGGUUACCGUUGGUAAUGGUGAAAUUAUUGCCCUUACUUUCUUGACUGUCUAAAUUGUGUGUACAUGGUUUUUUCGCGAGAUAAAAAUGUCUUCGAAUCAUCAACAUUUAAAUGGUGAUGAUUUCCGAUCUCGAACAUCCGGCGGCAGUAGCGGAUUAUCUUAUUCAUCAAUACCCACUCAUUUACAUGCAUUAACAUCGUGUUCAAAUACAGUUCAAGCCAAUCCUAAUGCUCCUAAUAUUGCAUUCUCUCGUUUAGUAACUUUUCAUCUUCAGGAAUCAACAAAUUUCUCCAUUAAUAAAACAAUACAACUGUUGCUCGAAGUGGACAGCCGAUUCAAUGAAAUACGCGAAGAAAUAUCCGUUCGUAUUUUGGAUCCAAAUGAUCCAUUUUUCAUCUAUCUUUAUCCAAUCGAUUUUAAUGAAUAUAAAAGUAUCAAACAAACGCAGAACUUAUUGGUGUCGUUUGAGAAAUUUUCAGAUAAAUUGAUUAAUAUGUUUGAAAAAUGUUCCAUAUCUACUCCUAGUUCGGCCACUAGUACUCGUACAUCUGGCAUUCUUCAUUCCGAUAAUGGAUCAAGCUAUAUCCUAUGCAUAAGAAAUUUGUCCCGAACAAUGCUCACAUUGGAUAUUGUUGAGCUGAAUGAAUUCAAAAAUAUAGUCCAUUUAUCAUUUGAAAUUCCAUCCGCAAGUGAAGAAUUUGUUCGAAGUAAUUUUUGUACUAUCUAUCGAAAAUCAAAAUCUGAAAUUGAAACUUUACAAAUGCGAAUUUCUUCGUUGGAAGAUCAAUUGAGCACAAUGACCAUCGUAAAAUCUAACGAGGUACGAAGUUUAAAGUUAGAAUUUGAUAUGGAAAAAAAAUCCAUCCAAGAAAAACUAAAAGAUGUGGAGCAAAAAUUUUCACAAGAACAAACCAAAUGGAAUGACGUGGAAAGAGUUUUGAAAUCAAAAUGUCAAAAACUACAAACUGAUUUAAAGAAUCGAGAAGAAACAAUCGAAAUCGAACGAAAAGAGCAUGAAAGACAAUAUCAUGAAUGGAAAGAAAAAUUGAAUGAGGAAGUUGUCAAACGUCACAAUAAAUUAAAAGAAUUGGAUGAAAGAAAUCAACAAUUAAAUGCCGAAGUAGGUAUUUUAAAAAUAGAAAAAGAGCAAACAAAUCAAAUAAUGGUCAAAAACGAAACAGAAAUUGGAUCGAUUCGAAAAGAUUUGAUAAAAGCAAAUGAAAUAAUUCGUAAAUUGCAAAAUGAAGUCAAAUCUUGUCAGGAAAAAAUCAACACACUGAAUGAAGUCACAGAAAAACAAGAAGAAAUUGUCAGUAUAAAAGAAUCUACAAUCGAGAGAUUGAGUUUAGAUUUGAAGCUUUGCCUGCAACAGUUGAAAUCAAAAGAAAAAGAGAUAGACCGGUUGAAAUCGGAUUAUGAACGACAAAAAUGUCAUUGUUCUCAAUUGGAGCUACAAUUAACAAGUAGCAAAAAGAUAAUAGCGAAUAUGAAUAAAGAAUUGGAUCAAUUAAAGCUACAGAAAAAAACGCAUGACAAUAAUUAUCAUCUCAAAGAAUUGCAAUUAGUUGAUAAUGAUGAAAGUAAUUUCAAAGUUAAUCAUAACAAAAACGGUUGCAAUGGAAUAGCCAAAUAUGAAUCGGAAACUAGCAAAAUGAAUAAAUGUCCAACUCAAGCUAUGAGACGUUCGAAAACAGCCGAGAAUCUUUCAGAGAUUCAAACCCAAUCCAAUUCCAAUCGUGUCGAAUUUGAUCCAGAUAAAAUAAAUGGAGGUAGAUCAAAGAAAUCUUUCCUAUUUACAAACACUUCACGAGAAUUACCACUAAAGACAGUCAACUUGAGGACUACCAAACGUAACCAUGAUUAGAUAAAUGUUUUUCACAAACACUAAUAAAUGGCAAAUAUUCUUUAGUUU